ACCCUCAUCACUGCUGCAGUGUGGAGUAUCAGUUCACCCCCUCAGCAGAGCACUGAGACCCUCAUCCAGCUUCUUCUCCUGCUGAUGAGUCCAGCAUGUGGGAGCAAUAAGGGGUAAAUGUACCCCAUAGAAGAAUAUAAGGUCAGUCAUGCCGUCCUGCAGCUCUGCCCUCCGUGUCCUGAUCUUCCUGACCGUUACGUUCAUUCCUGUGUCUGAAUCAGCAAAUCCCUCAGUGACGGUGAAGUUUAAUGAGACGGCCACUCUGUCCUGCUCUGAGAGAUGCUCUGGUUUGGUCAUAUGGACUGAGUUCAGUAAAUCCACUGAUGUUCUGGCUGAGUGUGAUCAGACUUCAUGUAGAUCAGUGAAGGAGGGAUAUCAGAUGAUCCAUGAUCAGUACCUGAAGGGGAAUCUCUCUCUCACCAUCACUGACGCUGAUUUCACUAAGAGAGGCUUGUACACCUGUGACUGUGAUGGUAAAGAUCUCUGUGAUGUGACUCUGAAGAUUGAGCCCUUGAACACCAAGGUUCAGAAAAAACCCGGUGAGUCCCUGUUUCUGGAUCUGGACAUUCCAGAGGAAGUGGAGAUGAUUUAUAACAGUACAGGUGCAGCUGGACCAUCCAGUGGUCAGAUCUGUACAGUGGUUGGACGAUCACUGCAGUGUAAACCUGAGUAUAAACAGAGAACAUCAAUCACAUCUACGUUUGUGCUGAGAGGAGCGACUCCUUCUGACAGUGGAGUUUAUACCAUCAUGGACAAAAGGAAUGAAGAGGCCGUCCACAGCUACACAGUGAUAGUCGAAGAUGGUGGUGAUGCUGAAGCACAGAGACAGAUUGAAAAGCCUCGAUUCCGCCGCAGCAUAUCAUCUGAUGACCAGCCCUGUGUGUGCAGAGACCAGGGAUCCGGUGUGCCAGUGUGGCUGACUGUCCUCUCGCUCACUGUGUGUGGGGUAUUAUUGUUGGUGAUUGGGUGGAUGUGGAGAAAAAUUCAGCAGCUCCAGAGGAGAAAUGAAGGCCCAUAAUGGAGAAGAGACGAUGAGCCUGUAAGCCCCUCUAAUAAGCAGCGUCAGAGGGGAGAUCGUUCCCAGUCUCUGUCUCUUUUUCACUCGCUCACUUUUUCUUCUGUGUUCUGCUGUGUUUUUAGCUUUUUAAGCCUCUGUGGCUACAUGGCCAGUUCUGUGUGAGAUGGUGGUUUAAUUCUUGCUGAAAGGACAAAACGGCUCUUCUUAACAUUUGGGUUGCGACCCCUGAGUUAAGGCUAGUAGUACAGGUGCAUUCUGGGGUUCAGAUUUUGUGCAGAUUGCCUGAAAACUUCAGCAAAAAUCUGUAGUUCUUAUAAAAAGUAGUGCUACUUGGCUACUUCCCCAUCCCUGUUAACGUUCAUUUACUUUUGGUUUUGUAGACGAAUAUAUGCAAAUUCUGCACCCCAUGCAGUGGACAUGACCUUAACAACAUGACCUUGUUACUAAAGCGAUAAUUAAUCUGUCAGAUUAUUGAUCUCCUUUAGAUUUAUUAGUUCCUAAUUGCUGUAAGUUGAUGUUGUGUGUUGUUUCUUUGUAAUGCAGACUGAACAUCUGUGUGUGUGUGUGUGUGUGUGUGUUUGUGUACAGGGUGAGUCAAAAGUCACAGGACACCGUUUUAUUUUAUUUUAUUUUAUUUUUUAUGCUGUCACAAGCCUCCACAAUGCGGUGCUUAAGGUGGUGUUUGAACCCGUAUAUAGUGUGUGUGUGUGUGUGUGUGUGUGUGUGUGUGUGUGUGUGUGUGUGUGUGUGUGUGUGUGUGUGUGUGUGUGAGUGUUGGUGGUCACAGACUGUUUGCCAUGUGGAACACAAUUUGAUAACAAAAAUGAAAGACUGACCUGUGAAUAUAAAUAUGAAUAUUUUCAGAUACUUUUAUAAGAUUAUAUAUUUUCAAAGGAAGGCAUUUUUAUUAAGCUACAGUUUUGUAAAGCCUAAUGUACUGAAUUUACCUAAAAACUGUCAUCUGACCAAUCCCAGUUCUAAAUGACACAGUAAACCUGUGUUUAGAAGCAGGACUAGGAUUAAUCCCUGUCUAGAAAACUGGUUGUGACUGAAAUGGAGAGACUGGUCAGUAUUUGUUGUGUAUAAUUGGAUAUAUAUAGAACAUCUUUACAGAAGCACUGGGGAAAAUAUGAAUUUCAGAAGUAGUUCAAAGCCAUCAGGUGUGAAAACAUUACUCCAUGACAAUAUUUCUCAUUUCUGAUCAGUUCGUUCCUUUAAUCAGUUCCAGUUUUCUGCCCUUCCAUUCAUUGAGCUCCACAAUCCAGUCCAGGUCUUCUAACGUCUCCUUUUUGUAAUGGAAAAGAUCCUAAACAGCCUCCUGAUACGACUGACCGCUUCAGCUCGUCUUGCUUUGCUGUGUUCUGUGUUCGUUUGUUCUAUUAAUAAUAAUAAUAUUAUUAUUAUUAUUAUUAUUAUUAUUAUUAUUCUGACUGACUUGUCAGUAAGCCGGUAACAUCGCUUUGUUUUAUGACCCUGAGAUGUAGCCCAGUCCCUCUUAACCUGGUUGUUUCUUGGCCCAGUCCCAUUUCUUCUUUUUACCCCUACCCCUUCUUUCCGAGUCUCACCCUCACCCCUUGUUCCUGAGCUACAGGGCAGUGGUUGAGAUCUUCCUCUGAAAUGAGCCCCUCUAAUAAAAGAGCAUCACUUCAUUAUCAGCUACCAGCGCCGCUCUGUAGGUGACCCGGCCCGUCUGCAGGGACAGCAGAGGAGGGGAAAGUUCAGCUCCUCACUGCUGGGCUUUAGUUACAUUUAGGGAUCAGACGCCUUCAAAGAGGGGGGCAAUUAUUUAUUACCACCCCCCCUAGUCUCUGACAAACCUCCAUUUGGUGGGUCAUGUAGACCCAACACUUCACCCCUCUAUCUCAACAAGAAUCAGGACACCCCAGCCCUAGACGAGAACACGCGAAACAGAGAGCUAAGCGCUCAGUGGUAGGGUCGAGGGGUGAAAUGGGACUGGGCCCUUGUGUAUUACUGUACGUGUGUGUGGGUGUGAGUGUGAAUAUAAAGUCAUGGGCGUCAUGUAUGUAAAGGUCUUAUGGAGAGGAUAUUGUACAGGUGUAAUGCUCUACAGGUGUUUUUCAGUUGAUCACUUUUCCCCCCACUCUGCCUUGCGUCAGCGUCCACGGCGUGAAGAAGCAAGUCCUGACUUUAAAAAGCUGUGAGAUGCUUAUUUACAGUGGAAAAUGAAAAAGUUCGGUUCCACUCGGUUCAGAGUUCCCAUGUGCACGUAUCCAGAAUGGAGUUCAGUGCAGAAUCUUGAAGUAUGUAGAAGCCAAAUUAUUAAGGAGUUCAGAGUGGAUCAUGAAUCCACCCUGAAAUCAGACGUAGUUCAAAAGCGUCUUUACUUGCUCAGUGACGCUACAGUCAUAUUUCUGAAGGGUUUGGGCUUCUUCAGUGUUCUAACUCAGUGCUGCUCAGGAAUGUAGAGGGCUUCGUAUUUACAGUCGGCUCAGGAUCAUUCAGUGUUUUAUACUGUUACUCUGUGCCUUUGGAGGACGUGGUGGUCAGAAAUCCUAACGCUGACCCUCGAGUGGAUUAUUAAUGAACAUGUUUAUAUGUUUUAUAAGGACCUGAGUCCUGUAAGGGAAAUCCUUUCACAGUCUAAUGAGCGUCUGUACAUAUUUAUAUAUUCAGAGUGUUUUAUACUGUUACUCUGUGUCUUUGGAGGGAUGUGGUGGUCAGAAAUCCUAGCGCUGACCCUCGAGUGGAUUAUUAAUGAACAUGUUUAUAUGUUUUAUAAGGACCUGAGUCCUGUAAGGAAAUGCCUUUCACAGUCUAAUGAGCAUCUGUACAUAUUUAUAUAUUCAGUGUUUUAUACUGUUACUCUGUGUCUUUGGAGGGACGUGGUGGUCAGAAAUCCUAACGCUGACCCUCGAGUGGGUUAUUAAUGAACAUGUUUAUAUGUUUUAUAAGGACCUGAGUCCUGUAAGGAAAUGCCUUUCACAGUCUAAUGAGCGUCUGUACAUAUUUAUAUAUUCAGUGUUUUAUACUGUUACUCUGUGUCUUUGGAGGGAGGUGGUGGUCAGAAAUCCUAACGCUGACCCUCGAGUGGAUUAUUAAUGAACAUGUUUAUAUGUUUUAUAAGGACCUGAGUCCUGUAAGGAAAUGCCUUUCACAGUCUAAUGAGCGUCUGUACAUAUUUAUAUAUUCAGUGUUUUAUACUGUUACUCUGUGUCUUUGGAGGGAUGUGGUGGUCAGAAAUCCUAACGCUGACCCUCGAGUGGGUUAUUAAUGAACAUGUUUAUAUGUUUUAUAAGGACCUGAGUCCUGUAAGGAAAUGCCUUUCACAGUCUAAUGAGCGUCUGUACAUAUUUAUAUAUUCAGUGUUUUAUACUGUUACUCUGUGUCUUUGGAGGGACGUGGUGGUCUCAGAAAUCCUAACGCUGACCCUCGAGUGGGUUAUUAAUGAACAUGUUUAUAUGUUUUAUAAGGACCUGAGUCCUGUAAGGGAAAUCCUUUCACAGUCUAAUGAGCGUCUGUACAUAUUUAUAUAUUCAGAGUGUUUUAUACUGUUACUCUGUGUCUUUGGAGGGACGUGGUGGUCAGAAAUCCUAACGCUGACCCUCGAGUGGAUUAUUAAUGAACAUGUUUAUAUGUUUUAUAAGGACCUGAGUCCUGUAAGGGAAAUCCUUUCACAGUCUAAUGAGCGUCUGUACAUAUUUAUAUAUUCAGAGUGUUUUAUACUGUUACUCUGUGUCUUUGGAGGGACGUGGUGGUCAGAAAUCCUAACGCUGACCCUCGAGUGGGUUAUUAAUGAACAUGUUUAUAUGUUUUAUAAGGAGAGUCCUGUAAGGAAAUGCCUUUCACAGUCUAAUGAGCGUCUGUACAUAUUUAUAUAUUCAGUGUUUUAUACUGUUACUCUGUGUCUUUGGAGGGACGUGGUGGUCAGAAAUCCUAACGCUGACCCUCGAGUGGGUUAUUAAUGAACAUGUUUAUAUGUUUUAUAAGGACCUGAGUCCUGUAAGGAAAUGCCUUUCACAGUCUAAUGAGCUUCUGUACAUAUUUAUAUAUUCAGUGUUUUAUACUGUUACUCUGUGCCUUUGGAGGGACGUGGUGGUCAGAAAUCCUAACGCUGACCCUCGAGUGGAUUAUUAAUGAACAUGUUUAUAUGUUUUAUAAGGACCUGAGUCCUGUAAGGAAAUGCCUUUCACAGUCUAAUGAGCGUCUGUACAUAUUUAUAUAUUCAGUGUUUUAUACUGUUACUCUGUGUCUUUGGAGGGACGUGGUGGUCAGAAAUCCUAACGCUGACCCUCGAGUGGGUUAUUAAUGAACAUGUUUAUAUGUUUUAUAAGGACCUGAGUCCUGUAAGGAAAUGCCUUUCACAGUCUAAUGAGCUUCUGUACAUAUUUAUAUAUUCAGUGUUUUAUACUGUUACUCUGUGCCUUUGGAGGGACGUGGUGGUCAGAAAUCCUAACGCUGACCCUCGAGUGGAUUAUUAAUGAACAUGUUUAUAUGUUUUAUAAGGACCUGAGUCCUGUAAGGAAAUGCCUUUCACAGUCUAAUGAGCGUCUGUACAUAUUUAUAUAUUCAGUGUUUUAUACUGUUACUCUGUGUCUUUGGAGGGACGUGGUGGUCAGAAAUCCUAACGCUGACCCUCGAGUGGGUUAUUAAUGAACAUGUUUAUAUGUUUUAUAAGGACCUGAGUCCUGUAAGGAAAUGCCUUUCACAGUCUAAUGAGCGUCUGUACAUAUUUAUAUAUUCAGUGUUUUAUACUGUUACUCUGUGUCUUUGGAGGGACGUGGUGGUCAGAAAUCCUAACGCUGACCCUCGAGUGGGUUAUUAAUGAACAUGUUUAUAUGUUUUAUAAGGACCUGAGUCCUGUAAGGAAAUGCCUUUCACAGUCUAAUGAGCGUCUGUACAUAUUUAUAUAUUCAGAGUGUUUUAUACUGUUACUCUGUGUCUUUGGAGGGAUGUGGUGGUCAGAAAUCCUAACGCUGACCCUCGAGUGGGUUAUUAAUGAACAUGUUUAUAUGUUUUAUAAGGACCUGAGUCCUGUAAGGAAAUGCCUUUCACAGUCUAAUGAGCGUCUGUACAUAUUUAUAUAUUCAGAGUGUUUUAUACUGUUACUCUGUGUCUUUGGAGGGAGGUGGUGGUCAGAAAUCCUAACGCUGACCCUCGAGUGGGUUAUUAAUGAACAUGUUUAUAUGUUUUAUAAGGACCUGAGUCCUGUAAGGAAAUGCCUUUCACAGUCUAAUGAGCGUCUGUACAUAUUUAUAUAUUCAGUGUUUUAUACUGUUACUCUGUGUCUUUGGAGGGACGUGGUGGUCAGAAAUCCUAGCGCUGACCCUUGAGUGGGUUAUUAAUGAACAUGUUUAUAUGUUUUAUAAGGACCUGAGUCCUGUAAGGGAAUGCCUUUCACAGUCUAAUGAGCUUCUGUACAUAUUUAUAUAUUCAGUGUUUUAUACUGUUACUCUGUGUCUUUGGAGGGACGUGGUGGUCAGAAAUCCUAACGCUGACCCUCGAGUGGAUUAUUAAUGAACAUGUUUAUAUGUUUUAUAAGGACCUGAGUCCUGUAAGGAAAUGCCUUUCACAGUCUAAUGAGCGUCUGUACAUAUUUAUAUAUUCAGUGUUUUAUACUGUUACUCUGUGUCUUUGGAGGGACGUGGUGGUCUCAGAAAUCCUAACGCUGACCCUCGAGUGGGUUAUUAAUGAACAUGUUUAUAUGUUUUAUAAGGACCUGAGUCCUGUAAGGAAAUGCCUUUCACAGUCUAAUGAGCGUCUGUACAUAUUUAUAUAUUCAGUGUUUUAUACUGUUACUCUGUGCCUUUGGAGGGACGUGGUGGUCUCAGAAAUCCUAACGCUGACCCUCGAGUGGAUUAUUAAUGAACAUGUUUAUAUGUUUUAUAAGGACCUGAGUCCUGUAAGGGAAAUCCUUUCACAGUCUAAUGAGCGUCUGUACAUAUUUAUAUAUUCAGAGUGUUUUAUACUGUUACUCUGUGUCUUUGGAGGGACGUGGUGGUCAGAAAUCCUAACGCUGACCCUCGAGUGGAUUAUUAAUGAACAUGUUUAUAUGUUUUAUAAGGACCUGAGUCCUGUAAGGGAAAUCCUUUCACAGUCUAAUGAGCGUCUGUACAUAUUUAUAUAUUCAGAGUGUUUUAUACUGUUACUCUGUGUCUUUGGAGGGACGUGGUGGUCAGAAAUCCUAACGCUGACCCUCGAGUGGGUUAUUAAUGAACAUGUUUAUAUGUUUUAUAAGGAGAGUCCUGUAAGGAAAUGCCUUUCACAGUCUAAUGAGCGUCUGUACAUAUUUAUAUAUUCAGUGUUUUAUACUGUUACUCUGUGUCUUUGGAGGGACGUGGUGGUCAGAAAUCCUAACGCUGACCCUCGAGUGGGUUAUUAAUGAACAUGUUUAUAUGUUUUAUAAGGACCUGAGUCCUGUAAGGGAAAUCCUUUCACAGUCUAAUGAGCGUCUGUACAUAUUUAUAUAUUCAGUGUUUUAUACUGUUACUCUGUGCCUUUGGAGGGACGUGGUGGUUUUUUAGCAUUAAUGCUGCACCACUGACAGUGUAGAACACUGGAUUAUUAAAACAUUCAUUACAGAAAUGGUUUAACAAUAUUUUCAUAUAUGGUAUGUUUUUAUAUAAAUGUCUGAUUUAAAUCUGUUUUAAAGUGAUUUAUCUCCUGUCUGUGUUUUAUAGAAGUUUUCUGCUGUGUUUAUACUGUAAAAACCUGAGGAAACUGAAAAUAUGGUGAAAUAUUUUAAUGAUAUUUCUAUAUGAAUAAAGCCUUUCUGCUUGUUCUGCUGUAAA